AUGGCAAAAUAUCGCUCGCGCGAAGUGCGCCGUCGGUACCACUGGCCUGAGCUCCAGCUCAAUCUCUGGAUUAUGGUCGUUUUGUCGUGCUCGGCAACUUGUCUGGGUAUUUUCUCUUGGUUCAUGGUUGUGCAGACGCAACUACACCUCGGAACACCAUGGUUGUUCCCCUAUAUGGCUGUUACCAGUGCCCUGGGCGUGGCAUUUAUCUUCAUUGUCCUCAUCCUUGCCUCACGCCAUUUCCUAUUACCCGGGAUCAUCAUCAUUGGCAGCUUCAUACUCUUCGUACUAUGGUUGACUGGUCUAAUCGAGACAUCCCUACAACUCUACGGCGUUGUUGCGAAUGUGAAUGACAAUUGCCAGAUCUAUGUGACAAACAAUAAGUCAUGGGGCAACAACAUCAAUACUCUGGCGUGGUUGACACAGAGCACUAUUUGUAAUUGCUGGAAAACUGCCUUUGCUCUGGAGCUCGUCAACACCAUCUUCUAUCUUUGGAUGAUUAUCAUGUCUUGGCAGGUUAAUCGGGAUGUUUAUGAUUGA